AUUGAAAUUGCCAGUGGCCGCAUGGCUUGGAUACUGCGGGCCUUCAAAGCCAUUGUUCUGGUCCUUGUGGCUGAUGCAGUCCCAGGGGGGCCAUUGAGGUUGGAACAUGCGAAGGUCCCGAGCUUUCUGAACAGCAGUGCUUUGUCCAAAGCAUGGCUCUCCGAUGCACUGCGGCGGCGAGCCCUUUUUGGGAAGGUCCCGGAGGCUCAGGAAACUAUUAGCAGAUCCCAUUUGGAGCUCGAGCAGCUGGGAGGCAGUUUGCCAAGUUCAGGCUCUGCCAUUGUGCUCUAUGCGGCGCACGAUGCCAGCAUCACUAUCAGUAUGGAUGGACGCAUCCAGUGCGUGCUGGAGCUCGAGCGCCUCUUCAAGAUCCGUUACUAUUGGCCACCUCUUGAGGCCUCUGAGACAGUUUGGCUUGAAGCCCUGAUGGUUGUGAAGGCGCGCUGCCCAGAGGCCUGUCCAGAGAGCUUUGACUACGGUGCAAUUGUGCUUUUUGAGUCUCCGAAGAUGGAGCCACGUGUGGAGUACAGCGCGCUGCCCUUGAUCGUGGAGAAGGUCUUUCCUGUAAAGCAAUGGCGCUUGGUGGAUCACCACGAAGCACAUGCGCGGAUGAGCUUUUUCGAUUCACCUUUUCAGCAAGCGCUGAUUUUGAGCUAUGAUGGUGGUGGCAAUGACGGAGUUUUCAAUGUCUACUACGGCCAAGAGAAGACUGUCCUCCGUCUUGGCCAACUUGGCAUUGAUUUGGGUGAGAGAUAUGCCACUAUUGGAGCCAUGAUGACUGAAAUCUCCAGCCGUGAAGUGGAUGCUAGUUGCAGCAACUAUGUUGCGAAGCCUGCCAGCCUGAACCUGCCUCCUGAUGCUCUGGUUGAUUUGGUGUACGGGUAUAACUUCUCCAUGAUUGAUCAUCUCAGCUGGACAGGAAAGCUUAUGGCCUAUGCAUCUUUGGGGGUUCCAAGUCCGGACAUCGAAGCUCUGAUGUCGAAGUACUUACGAAACCACGCUCAAGGUGGCGAAUUGAUGCCAGUUGGCCUGGUGCGGGCCUGCUGCGAAUCCCUCAACGGUCAGCGGGCGGUGGCUGCUGCCGCUCAGGCACAGUUUGAGACCUACAUGUUGGAGUUGGUGAAGGACCUUUUGAAGGAGCUCAGUCCUUUAGGCCUGCCACGACCAGAAGGUCUCGUACUUACAGGUGGCUGUGCGCUCAAUGUAUUGGCCAACCAGGUCAUCUAUGACACCCUCUCCGAGAAUGCCAAAGAUCCGAUCGGCAUUUAUGUGCCAGCUGCGCCCAACGAUUCUGGACUUUCUGUCGGAGGUGCCUGGUCCCUGGUGCAACCAGCAGAGAAGCAGCAGCUUCAAUAUGCUGGUUUCCGACUUUGGGACGACUCGAUACUGGAGAAAAUGGCAGUGGCUUGGGGCGCUCGGCGCUUGAGUGAGAUGGGUGGCGUGAACUUCCUGGCGGAGCUUCUCAGCACUGGUCCACCUGGUGAGAAGCCCAUUGUGGCCGUGGUUCGUGGGCGGCAGGAGUUUGGUCCCCGUGCCCUGGGCCAUCGAUCUUUGCUGGCAGUCCCAGAUUCCGCGCUGAUGAGGGAUCGCAUGAACCGUUUGAAAGGCAGGCAGUGGUUCCGGCCGGUUGCGCCCAUGAUUGCUGACGAAGCCUUGAGACAGGUCUUCGGCCGAGAGGUGAAGUCACCGUACAUGUCCAUGGCCCCUCGAGUUCUGGAGGAGGUGCUCAAAGAAUUUCCUGCAUUGGCACAUUUGGAUGGCACAGCUCGCCAUCAGUCAGUAGGUGCAAAAGAUGAGCCCUGGGUACAUGCGCUGCUGCUGGCAGUGGGAAAACACACAGGCUUGGCAGCCUUGAUCAACACUAGUUUCAACUCCAAAGGACGUCCGAUUGCUAACACGGUGAAGGAGUCCUUGGAUAUGUUGCGAGAGCUUUCAGAUCUCGAUUAUGUGCUCAUUGAGGAUUGGCUUUUCAAAGCGCCUGGCAGACAAUAGCAAUGCCCUGUUGUGGCAAGCCUGUACAUGUUGUCAACAUGCUGGCGCAGCGCAGCCAACAUCGGGUGGAGCUCUUUGGUGAUGACCAAUAUGCUCAAGUCGGAGAGCUGCGGCAACCAGCAUGCUAAGGCGUAACAUGCCAAAAAGCCUCGCGCAGCAUGCUUUGUGAGCAAUUGGCUUCCAACCCAUCCAU